AACUGAAGAUUCCAUAGCUAAAGAUAUUAGAGAAAUGAGCUUGAUUUCUCUCUCUUUCUUUUGUUUUUAAAAUUUAUCUUCCUUGUUGAGAUUGACAGACAGAUCCCACCCAAAUAAACUAAUAAAAUCACCCAUAUGCCUAUCUUCAUAAAUCCCGUGAGAAUUCACCUUCUGAUCUUGUGAUAUAUAUAUAUGUUUUUUCUGCUGUAACUGCCUGCUGGGAGCUAGCUAGAGCACCAUGCUGGGGGAUACGGGUGUUUUGGCAAGCUCCGGCGGUGAUGACGCGGCGGCGGCAGCUGGAGCUCUCGAAGUCGAUGAGGAGGCGGGUGUUAUCGGGUCAAAUUCCGGCGAAGAAGAGAAGGGUGGUGACAGGAGUAACUGCGGCGGAAACAGGUGGCCUCGCCCAGAAACGUUGGCGCUCUUGAAGAUACGUUCUGAUAUGGAUGCGGUGUUUCGUGACUCGAGCCUUAAAGGUCCAUUAUGGGAAGAUGUUUCAAGGAAAUUAGCAGAGCUUGGUUAUAGUCGAAGCGCCAAGAAAUGCAAGGAGAAAUUUGAGAAUGUUUACAAGUACCACAAGAGAACCAAAGAAGGCCGAACAGGGAAGGCAGAGGGAAAAACCUACCGGUUCUUCGACCAAUUACAAGCCCUCGAGAACCAACCAGCGGCUCUUCCGCCGCCUAAACCUCAGAUCAUCACUGUUCCAUUGACAACAAACCCUACAACUACAAACAUGUUCCAGAAUGUUGUACUUGUCUCUCCGACAUCAAGCCCUAUAAUUCCUCCGAUACCAGCGAAGAACCCUGCAAUUCCUUCAGCGCAAACAAAUGUGAUUUGGCGAAGCAAUACUACCACGUCUACUAGCCUUUUCUCGAGCACCUCGACCUCGUCUUCAACCGCGUCUGAUCGAGAAUUCAAAGAGCCUUGUAAGAGAUCGUCGAAGAGGAAAUGGAAGGAGUUUUUCCAGCGGCUCGCCAAGGAGGUGAUAGAGAAGCAAGAGGCGCUACAGGAGAAAUUCUUGGAGACGAUAGAGAAACAUGAAAACGAAAGAAUGGUGAAGGAGGAUUGUUGGAGGAUGCAGGAAAUGGCGAGGCUCAAUCGAGAGCAUGAAAUGUUGAUCCAAGAACGAUCCACGGCGGCAGCCAAGGACGCGGCUGUUCUAGCAUUCUUGCAGAAGAUAUCUGGACAACAGCAAACACAAACACAAACACAAACAACAACGUUAAUGUCAUUGCCAAUGGCGCCGCGGCCGCCGUCUCCACUGUCACCUACGAGCUCUUCUAGGUGGCCGAAGGUUGAAGUUCAAGCUUUGAUAAACCUUCGGACAGCUCUUAACCUUAAGUAUCAAGAAAAUGGGCCAAAAGGGCCUCUUUGGGAGGAGAUAUCCGCCGGCAUGCGGAGGAUCGGAUACAAUCGGAGCGCUAAGAGAUGCAAGGAGAAAUGGGAGAACAUUAACAAGUACUUCAAGAAGGUGAAGGGUAGCAACAUUAAACGCCCCGAGGAUUCCAAGACAUGUCCAUACUUCCACCAGCUGGAUGCCCUAUACAAAGAGAAGAACAAGAAUAUUCAUGAUAGUGUGAAGAAGCCCAAUAUUAAUAGCCUAAUGGAGCCAUUGAUGGUCCAGCCAGAGCAGCAGUGGCCUCUACAAGAAGAUAUUCUUGAUCACAAGGAGAUUAAUGUGGAACAAAAUGAUCAAGAAGAAGAAGAAGAAGAAAACGAUGGAGAUAGUACUGAGGAAGAAGAAGAUGAUGGCGGUGGUUAUGAGAUGGUACUAAACAAACCUUCUGAUUCAAUGGAAAAUAUUAUUGCUAAAUGACACAGGACAGGGAAGCUGGUUGAAAAAAAAAAAAAAAAAAAAAACAGUCCUAAACGGUGAAGGAAUGUGAAAGAGAAAUUAUUCCCUCAGAGUUCAAUUUUCAAUGAUUGCCCAAAAAGAAAAUGCUGGGUGCAGCAUGGUGUCCUAUGACCCAUUUUCAGAUUUGGGUCUGAUUUGCAGAUGGCAGCACCCAGCAGGAGUACUUUGAAUUUGCACAAUACACAUGGGGUGUAGUCUAGCUAGUGGGAUCCUUUCUUAGGUGUUUUAUUUUUAUUAUUUUUAUUGUUUUCCAAAUUAAAUAAAUCAUUGAUCUGUAAUUUUAUAUCCGUUUAGGGAUC